UAGAGAGAGAAAGAAUAGUUUAGUGAGGAGUGUGUGUUACUGUUGGGUUUGUCUCCUGGGCUACCGGGUUCGCCCGGAGUCCGUGGGCUUUGCCGCUGAACCAGGACACCCCUCUUUUAUCCCUUUUUCUCUCUUCUUCUUCUCCAUCUCGAAGUGAUCAAGAAAUCCAUCCCCCAUCUUUCUCUCUCUUCUGCUGCUCUUAAAGAUUCUCUUAAAGAAAUAUAUAUAUAUAUAUAUAUAUAUAUAUAUAUAUAUCAUCACCCUCUACUCAGAUCUUCUUUCUUCUUUGAAAAAAAAUAUCAUCAAGAAAUCUUGAAAACCCCCCACAAAAGUUCCAUCAGGAAGCCUUGAAAAACUCCCACAAAGUUUGAUCAAGAAAUCUUGAAACAAAAUCCCCAACUUGAAUUUGCUUUUCUUUUUCAUUUCUAGGGUUCCAUGGUGUUAAAAAUUUGGUACGUAGAUGAUUUCCACUUGCUUUGAGCUGAAAACAAGGUGAACGGUUUUGGAAGAGAAGGUAGCUAGGGUUUCAGAAGCUGCUUUGAGGAUGAAGUUCAUGAAACUCGGAUCCAAACCCGAUUCGUUUCAGACUGACGACAACAAUGUUUGGUACGUGGCUUCGGAAUUGGCAACCGACAUCAUCAUCAAUGUAGGAGAUGUGAAGUUCUAUCUGCAUAAGUUCCCAUUGUUGUCGAAGAGUGCUCGUUUACAGAAGUUAGUAGCGAGCACUAGCGAAGGAAACAACGGGGAUGAAAUCGACAUUCACGACAUUCCUGGCGGUCCUGCUGCUUUCGAAAUAUGUGCCAAGUUCUGUUACGGCAUGAUGGUAACCUUAAAUGCUUACAAUGUCGUCACUGCUCGUUGUGCUGCAGAAUAUCUCGAGAUGCACGAAACAAUGGAGAAAGGGAAUCUCAUUUACAAGAUCGAUGUUUUCCUCAGCUCGAGCAUUUUCAGAAGCUGGAAGGAUUCGAUCAUUGUGCUUCAAACCAUGAAAUCUAUGAUGAUGUUAUCCGAGGAACUGAAGCUGGUCAGCCAUUGCAUCGACUCCAUAGCUUCAAAGGUCUCUGUUGAUGUUUCAAAGGUCGAUUGGUCAUAUACUUACAAUCGUAAGAAGCUACCGGAAGAAAGCGAUAGCCACAUAAUGAACGGCAGUCUUAGAAGCAUGACGGUGCCAUCUGAUUGGUGGGUCGAGGACCUGGCUGAGCUCGAGCUCGAUUUAUACAAACGGGUUCUUGUGAAUAUAAAAAACAAGGGUUUAGUACAUGAUGAAGUGAUCGGAGAAGCUUUAAAAGCUUUUGCUUCGAGAAGAUUGCCGGGGUUUAACAAAGGCGUGAUACACAGUGGUGAUGUGUUGAAAACAAGAUCGAUAGUCGAAACAGUCGUGUGCCUUUUGCCGGCCGAGAAAGGCAGCAUUUCGUGUGGUUUCUUGCUAAAGCUGUUGAAAAUGGCUAUUUUGGUGGAUUCAGGGGAAGUUGUGAAGAUGGAUUUAGUGAAAAAGAUUGGUCGUCAACUCGAGGAGGCUUCGGUGCAUGAUCUUUUGAUUCGAGCCAGAGAAGGUGAGCCCACGAUCCAUGACGUGAAAACGGUUCAGAAAAUAGUAGAGGAGUUUAUGGUUCGAGAUCAGGAUCGAAAUGGUGUGUUUGAAGCCGAGGGAAAUGAGAUUCAAGAAGUGAGGAGGUCAACAGGAGGGAUAUUAUCGGAAGCUUCAAAGUUGAUGGUCGCUAAACUUGUUGAUUCGUAUCUUGCUGAGAUCGCAAAGGAUCCGAACCUACCUCUAUCAAUGUUCGUCGAUCUUGCCGAGACGGUCUCCGUCUUUUCAAGACCAGCACAUGAUGGGAUGUAUCGAGCCAUAGAUAUGUAUCUCAAGGCACACCCUGGGAUCAGCAAGAGCGAGAGGAAGAGAAUAUGCAGGCUGAUGGACUGCAAGAAGCUGUCGGUGGAGGCAUGCAUGCACGCGGUUCAAAACGAGCGGCUGCCGCUGCGUGUAGUGGUGCAAGUCCUCUUCUUUGAGCAGGUUCGAGCCGCGGCUUCCUCCGGCAGCAGCACCCCCGACCUGCCGAAAGCAAUCAAGGACCUGAACAGCGGGAGUUCAAGGUCAACCACAACCAACACAGAAGAAGAUUGGGAUGCAGUUGCAACGGCUGAAGAACUGAGGGCGUUAAGGGGGGAGCUGGCGUCCCUGAGACUGGAGAAGAACAACGGUGGACAUGCCAAGAGCCCGUUAGCGGACAGGAGUUCGGUUCAGAAAGUGACAAAGAGAAUCUUCACGAAAAUCUGGUCGAGCAAAAGUGGGAAUGGGGAGAAUAGUGGGUCGGAUUCUUCGGGGAGUCUUGGGUCGGGGAAUCGGGAUGAAGUGAAAGUGGGAACGGGAUCGACUCCUUCGAGAAAAGGGCGGCAUUCGGUGUCUUGAAGGUCUGAUUUUUGUGUUGGUUAAGGUAGGAGGAUGUAGGGAUAAAUGGGGAAGAAGAUGAACUGUAACUAGUUGAAAGAGCUAGUAGCUGCUAUAUGUUAUGAUAUGAUGUAUGAUGGUUUAUGGGUUAUCUCUCCACUAAAUAUAUAAGUAUAAUGGAGUAGCAUGUUUCUG